GGCUCGCGCCGGAAGUCCAGACGUGAGUGAGUUUCCCGGCUGGGUCGCGGGUUGGUUCCCUGCUCUGGAGGGUGGGUUCCUCGGGCGGUCGGAGGCGUGCAGUCUCCUCGGUGGCAGCUUGGUCACACGCGCGGCGUCGGCAGGCCAGCUGAGAGGGCACCUUUAAAUCUCAGCCGCCCCUAACCCUGCCCAGUGCGCAGGACCUUGGGCCUGCGGACUGGCUGCCCCCACCCUGCCGGUCCGUCCGCUCCGGCAGGACCUCUGGCGCCACGCCCUGCGCGCGGUGGAUCGGAGGCCUCCUUACCCGGUCAGUCUGACACCGAAACGCGGUAAUACGAAGCAGGAAACUGCAGGUGUCCCCAGAAACACAGGCCAGGGACGGAAAGGAACUCACAGCACAACCUACAAACGUCAUCCUUAUCAGCCCCGGAAGGAAAGUGGCCCCCAGGCCUGUCGAAUGGCUGAGUCGGAGGGCACUGGCCCUCCCGCCCGGUGCUGCUGACACUGGGUUCCCAGCUGUUUUCACUAGGCACACAGGCUUUUGUUUCUGAAGCAGCGGUGUGGCCCUCCGUCGACCUGCUCCCGCCGCCCGGAAUUCUGUUCCCUCGUGCUCCGUGGACGGCAUCUCGCUGCAACUGUGCGCCGCGAAAGUCACCAUCUCAGAGAAAACCGUCUGGGCGACCUAGGAAACCGCUCCCAGCUCACUCGCCUCACCCCGUGGUACUUCUUUGCCCAGCAGUUAUCACCAUCUGGUGUUUUUCUUACACACCUACUUGUAUAUUUACGUCCCGCCCUCACCCCCAUCCCAUCCAAACAAACGGGCAUUUGUGAAGCCCUCAGGAGCUGGGACAUCUUUGUCUUGUUCGUUGCUGAAUCUCUAACACGCAGAAGUGUCUGGAACAUAGUGUUUUAUACUUACUGAAGAAAUAGUCAUUAUUAACGAAGUGCUUGUACAAGAAUGUUUAUAGCAUCCUUAAAUGAAACAGCCGCGUUUUCAUCAAAAGAAUGGAAAAACUUCGGUAUAGUCAUGCGAUGGUAUACCACUCAGCAAUAAAAAGAAACUACUAAUACAAGAACAUGGAUGAAUUUGUAAAAUAGUCUGAUACAAGUCACACACCAAAGUACCUACUGUAUAAUUCCUCCCUAUGGAGUUCUAGAAUAGGCCAAUUUAAUUAUGGUGAAAAAAACCAGAGCAAGUGGCUGCCUCGCGGGGGUUGGGCAGGGUCUGACAUAGGGUUUGAGUUACUCAGGUGUACUCAGGUGUCAAAACUCAGCGUAUAUACGUUUAGGAUGUGCAUUUCAUUUUUACCUCAAAAGAAGAAGAAUUUACAUAUUCAUGUUAUACAUGCCGAAGUAUGUAAGGAGAAGUAUACUGAUGUCUGCAAUUUACUUUGAAAUGCAUCAGAAUGGGUGGGUUGGUAGAUGGAUUAGAUGUAUGAGAAAGCAGGUAAACGAAAAUGUUACAGUGUUUAGAUCAGUUUCUUGACUUAAGCACUGUGCACAUUUUGGACCAACAAAUUUUUUUUGUAGGGGCAUGUCCUGUGCAUUGCAGUAAGUGGAGCAGCAUCCCUGGGCCCUACCCAUUAGGUGCUGGAAGCACCCCUCCAUUGCAACAACCCAAAAUAUCGUCUUACUAGAUUUAUGUCCUGGCCCUCACACAAAAUAGAAAGCUCUCAGAACGACUGAUGGGUGAAGCUCUGCAUAUAGUAGCAGCUUAGUCAGCCUUUUCUGAAGAGGAGAAAGACUCCCGCGAAUGUACCACUGACCUAACUGAUGGUGUUUGAUUGCACAGGGUAAAUUCUCUCUGAGAAGAAACUUACAAGUAGCUGAAAAUGGCUGAGCUUGAACAGGCUGCAGCCCAGCUCUCUGAGCUAGACCUGCUAGCCAGCAUGUUCCCCGGUGAGAAUGAGCUCGUGGUGAACGACCAGCUGGCUGUGGCAGAGCUGAAAGACUGCCUUGAAAAUAGGUCAAUGGAGGGCCGAUCUUCCAAAGUGUACUUUACAAUCAACGUGAACCUGGACGUAUCUGCCGGAGCAAUGGUGAUGUUUUCUCUGGCCUGUAUUCUUCCCUUUAAAUACCCUGCAGUUCUGCCUGAAAUUACUGUCAGAUCAGUGUUGUUAAGCAGGUCCCAGCAGACUCAGCUGAACACGGAUCUGGCCGCACACCUGCAGAAGAACUGCCUCGGAGACGUCUGCAUACUGAAUGCCACUGACUGGGUGAGGGAGCACGCCGCUCACUAUGUCAGCAGAGACGCCGCCCCUCCUCCCGCUCCCAGAAGUGCAGUCCAGCCCGUCCGUCUCAUUCUCACAAGGCUCUGGAUCUAUAGCCACCACAUCUACAACAAAUGCAAAAGGAAGGACAUUCUGGAGUGGGCAAAGGAGCUGUCCCUGUCUGGGUUCAGCAUGCCAGGGAAACCAGGUGUUGUUUGUGUGGAAGGCCCACAAAGUGCUUGUGAAGAAUUCUGGUCCAGACUCAGAAAAUUAAACUGGAAGAGAAUUUUGAUUCGCCACCGAGAAGACAUUCCUUUUGAUGGCACAAAUGGUGAAAUGCAAAGACAAAGAAAAUUUUCAGCUUUUGAAGAAAAAGUGUUCAGUGUUAAUGGAACCAGAGGAAACCACAUGGACUUUGGUCAGCUGUAUCAAUUUUUAAAUGCCAAAGGAUGUGGGGAGGUUUUCCAGAUGUUCUUUGGUGUGGAAGGACAAUAGCUGAGCACAGAAGCAAUUGAAAGUAUUUUGUCACUGUUGGCCACUUGUCUUUUUACCCACUGUUUCUUCAGAUAUUAAGUACGGUUACUUCAAUCUCAUUCUGGAAUGUUAGGGGUAAAAAAAGAGGAAAAGUAGUACAGCUGAAGUGCGUCUGUUAAACAUCCUGAUUGAAAACAGAACUGAGUUUUAAAUUAUAAUCUUAAAAUUAUUGACAGAAAUGUCUUGACAUAUCUACCCAUUUUGAAAAAGAAAUUAAUCUGAGUUGAGUUAGAUGAUGUUGAUGAUCCAACUGGCCACCCAUUUCCCACUCCCUGCCCUUUGCCUGCCCCCAUCAGCUUCCCCGGCCUCUCUGGCAGCUCAAGGGGCUUUGGCUAGGGGACGCCUGGGAAGACUUUUGCUUUCCUGAUUGACAUGAUACACAGUGAGGGCACCUCUGCCCCCUCUUCCUGCAGCAGCGCCCAGGCGACAGCUGGCGCUGCAGUAGCCCCUUCAACCACGAGGGCAGGAAGAGCUGGGAAAACCGCUGACAUGCCACUGCAUGUUGUCCAGCUGCACCAGCCCCUGCCUAUCUCUAGGCAGCAUGUUGUGAAAUAAAAACA